AGCAUUUGUGUUUGAGUUCGUGGGAACAUUCGCGUUGCGAAGAUUUGCGAUGACAAUGCGAAGCUUUGUGAUCAGCUUGUUGGUACCUUUAGUGUGUGGGACGUGCCUUGACGGUGGCAUCCCACCCUCUGAGCGGAAGAACCUGGACAAUCCGAAUGGUGAUUCCUAUCCUGUUGGCAUCUUUGUUCCGGAUUGGGCUGCAUCAUGGGCAGCCAAUACUCUGGUGGCAACAAUCGUGGAGGAGACCUUUGGCUACAACGUGAGCCUUGUGAAGGGCACCGGAACGGUGAGUGGCUACUAUGCCGUCAGCGGCUGCCUAGAUCCCACCGCGGUAGGCGAUCCUGGCUGUGGCUCAGGAAAUGUCACCAAACAUCACAUCGUGAUGGAGGCUUGGACGCUUGGCUACCCUUUGGUGUGGGAGACGCUGCAGAGCGAAUAUCCAGGUGUUGCAGCAAAGAACUUGGGAAACAUGGGAUAUGAAGGUAUCACCUCGACCUUCAUUCCGAAGCCCGUGCAACAGAAAGCAUACCAGGCGGAAGGAAUCGCCUUGCAAUACUUCAAGUACUGGAAUGCUUCUUGGUACCAGCCUUCCAAAUACUUUGAAUCUAUCUCAGUGAUUCCCUCUCGGUUGACCAAACUUUGCAGCGACUCCACGUCUGUGAUGACUGAUGAUGCAACUAUGAGGAGGCACAUCGUCUUCACAGGAGAUGUUGAUGGCUUGGUCUAUGACAGCACUUCUGAUUCAUAUUCAGCCCGCUGUGAUGAUGGUCAUUGGUGGCUUUCACCUUCUUGCCGAUCGAACUCUACACUUUGCGUUCCCUUCAUCACUGGGGGUGUUGGUUGGGGCAUUGAAGAGCUGAUGCAGAAAUCGACCAAAUGGAACAUGCCCAUGGCCCUUGGUGUGGCAGCAUCCUGGAGCGCUUACACGGAGUUUCCCUUUCUGCAUCCAAAAUCUCACUUCUAUUGGUGGAUCCCAGAUCCAACCUUUCUGGAGUUGGAGCCACUUCAGGUGAUCUAUCCACCGCAUAACAAAAGAGUUUUCGAACGUGGUGAUUUGUCGACCGCAACAAUAGGCGUUUCGGUUGACAAGCAUGUCAGCCGAGACUUGAGCAUUUUGGCGCCCAAUGUGGAGAAUUUUGUGAGCAACAUUUUUGUGACCAUGGCGCAAAUGAAUGCGAUUCUCCUUGAUCAAAAAAAUACAUCUGAUAGCUGGAGAGAGACAACAUGCCGUUGGCUGCGUUCAAAUAAGAAUGUCUGGCAGUCCUGGAUCCCUGAUGAGAGUCAAUGCUUCCCGGGCUUUGGGCUUUAUGACACAGGUCUUGAUGACUUCAUAGAUCAUCGGGUGAAUGCCUCAAGCAAGAUCGUGUGUCAGGCCUGUGCGGUGCAGAUUUGGAGGAUCAACAACUUCACAGCUUGCCCCUCGGGUACCUUCUCACAGCUCUUGGAAGAUUCCAUUGGCGAGACCUACAUCUGUGCUGACUUGGAAAGCGGCGAAAGCUAUCUCGGCCAGCAGUACACCCCGAAGGUGCAGGAAGGAUACUUCAGCACAGUGUUGGCGCCAACCGAGGAUCUUGCAUCUAUAGGAGAGAGAGUCAAGCAGUUGGCCCAGCGAUUGAACGAGCUGGAAGGUUCAGCGAACGAGGAUUUAGAGUGGGAGGUGAUCGAGGAAGGGAACCUGCCCCUUGGGGUGUCAGACCUGGAAUUCCCCUACCCAGGACAACCACCAAGCGUGAAGCCCUCCGAAGAUGAGAAUGGCCAAGAGGUCAUGAUAGACCAGGAGAUCCUGGUCCUCUUGGUGGAUGUGUCGAACCAGGUGGAGGCCCUGAUGGCAUUGCAACGUCAAGCACCUACAGAGCCCGCCAAGGCGGCUGUCACAUACGCAGAGCCUGCCGGAGGACAAUCGCCUGGCGUCAGCAGACAUGCAUACCCACAGCUUCCGGCCCUGGGGCAAGGCUUUGCCCACCUAGGUCAUCCCAAGGAAGCCACAGCAAAGAAGGUAGCCGCAAUGGUGGGGCCACCGCCCAAGACCAGAAAAGCUCCCCCGGCUCAAGGGGCCUUAGCACUACCAGACCCGUUCAUACCAGAGGAACCACGAGAUCUCUUUCCAGCGCAGAUAGAGACUCAUCCCAUGCUCAGUGCGUUAGCCCAGCAAAGCACGGCUCUGACCACCUUGGUCUCGCACUUGGCGGGUCAUGCGUCGGACCCUUUGGUGGAUCUGCAAGCAGGAGGCCUGUCGGGAAGUUCUUCUUCUACAAGAGGCGUUGCCAGGAGAGAAAGGAUGCAGACAGACCUGGCCUUGCGCCAAAGUCAGUACUGGCUUGCAUUCCUGCAGCAGCUGUCCAGGAAGAUGAAUCCCUCAAAGCCAGUUCCUACAACGGAGGAGGCUGCAAAGGAUGCAGGCCUGUCUUUCCUGGCCUACCUGGAGAGACAUGGCGCCUACAAGCAGUCUCGGGAGCUGGGGACCAUUUUGUGGGUCUUUGGAUACAUCAUAGAUGCUGCCAUUGCGCAAGAUUUCGAUGGUGUAAAAGAGCACCUGGCUUUGUUUGCAGCCGCCCUAGACCAAGCUGCUCUGGAUCAGAGUUGGACGACAGCGUUCCUGGUGACUCUGGUGGAGGAGCCUCCUCCGGUGCUCUUUGCAGAGAAGGGAACCUCACUGUCAGUUGCCAAGCCAUUCACCCCCCUCAUGCCUGCCGUGUGUGGGGGGGUCCUUCUAGCCUAUCUCAAGGACAUCGACAUCAUGACCAGCAAGAAACAAGAGGGAGGAGGAAGGAAGACCGGUCAACAGACCUCGCAAGAGCAGAAGGAGGGGGAAGCCUCUCCAAAACGCAGACCCCCCUUCCCGAAGAAGCCCAAAGGGGGCAGCCAGACACAGGUCCCGCUCCCUACAGGUGAGCACUGGGCACGGAUGCCCCCAGACCUCUCUCAGAAGAGGCGUAGACAGGUCCACUUGAAUCGUGCAGUCCACAUCAUUGUUUUGGCUUUGAACUACUACCACAAUGGUCCGAGCACUUUUCUCCCCUCUGGGCCUGACUUGUCAGACUGGUAUUGCAACCCCAAGACCCACUACGUUGCACAGGGGGUCACUGAUCGCAAAGAUUUUUAUCACCAGUUCCAUGUCUCUAGAAGUCGCGCUUUAUCGAACACGGUAGGCCCUGCGGUUGAGAUCGAAGAUGUAAAGAACCUCAAGGCCUAUUCAGAUUACAUCUUGCGCCAGGCAAAAGGGCGCUACCAACGAAGCCUUCACGGAGACCGCCUGGGGAUGAAAGGCCUGAGAGCAGCGCAGAGGAAGCCUCAGCAACUGUUUGUGGCCUUCAGAUCUGUGCUACCAGGGGAUCAUGCAGGGGUUGAUAUAGCCACCAGCGCUCAUACAGCACUUUUACAAUCUCAUGGCCUUCUAGAGGAGAGUUGUCAGCUGCAGAGUUGUAAGCCUCUUUUUGACCUGGAGAACUGUGAAGGACUGUGCAUAGACGACUACUUUGCUAUGAGCCUGGAGCAAGUAGGCACUCCGUUGCAGGCCUCAAAAGCCAGCCAGAAGAUAGGCACAGCACGGGCUGCCUAUAGGCAGGCCGAGCUGUUGGGGAGCCCGGAGAAGGACAUCCUAAGUGAUAAAGCGAAAAUCGUAGGCUCGGAAGAGUUCGAAGGGAAGGAAGAGGCACCGCGCUUGCCCUUCGUGGUUUGCAGUGCCUUGAGUUGGGAUGGAGACACGGGGCAUGUAGUGAUCGAAGGAAAACUCACGAAGGCUAGUGCCAUGUAUACUGAUGGGCUGGCCGACGCCCUGGCCACUGUCCUUUCAGAGGCCAUCAAUGCCAGGGCCAGCGCAGAUCUCGAGUGGGAUCAAGUCCAGACGGCAGGGCUUGAGAAUGCUUUAGUGAACCAGGUAGUUGAGCAUUUGAUUUUGAAGUGGGGACCUCAGAGGGCAGCCAUUUUGGUCGACUCCAAUGUUGCGAGGUGCGCAGUCUCUAAGGGACGCACUUCCUCGAAAGGUCUGAUGCCUGUCAUUGCUAAGGUAAAUGCCUUGUGCCUAGCAGCGGGCGGCAAGCGAGAUGCGCCUCUCUUGUGGAUUUCAGGAGCCAUUUUGGGGGGGCCGCGAUACGCCAUGGGAAUGCCACUGAAACCACGAAACUCUGGAGAUAGAGCGAGAGCUGAGCACAGAGCCCAGAAGUUACCUUUAGCUUCAGGACGACCUGUACUGCAGAUCACCGCCAAGCACCGAGAGGAACUUCUGGAGGCCUUCAGAGCCUGGCUGCUGACAAGGGGGUUGGAACCUGGUGACCUUUUUCACAAUACCUAUCAGACAGUUGAAGAAAUCAACAUCUUGUUGACAGCGUACGGCCGUGAGCUGUAUCGGGCCGGCAGGCCACUCAACCACUUCUCGGAGACCAUAAAUGCAAUAGCAUCCUGGAAGCCACAGCUGAGAAGGGCCCUUCAAGGGGCCUGGGACCUGGCCUAUAGCUGGGUCAAAUCCGAACCAUCUACACACCAUACAGCUAUGUCUCCCCAGGUUCUGAUGAGCUGCAUCUCAGUCUGCUUGAUUUGGGGUUGGGUGCGUCUGGCAGGCUGCCUAGCCCUAACAUGGGGAGGUUUACUACGGGCAGGUGAACUCCUACAAGCCCGACGCCAAGACCUGCAGCUGCCGUCGGAUCUGGCAGGAAGUGUGCCCUUUGCACUCCUUUCCAUAAAGGAGCCGAAAACAAGGCACACAACCGCGAGGCACCAGUGUGCCAAGCUCGACAUUCCAGACUUGGUGCAGCUGGCAGAGCUCGCCUUCCAGAAGUUAGCGCCCUCCGAACCUCUUUGGGACAUGAGCGCUCAAACGCUCAGGUCUAGAUUCAAGAGCCUACUACAAGCCCAACGACUUCCAACAAGUACUUACAGAGGGAUGAGAGCACUUGACUUGGGAUCGCUCCGCCCAGGCGGAGCAACGCACAUAUUACAACUGACUGAAAGUGGAGACUUGGUGAUGCGCCGCGGGCGCUGGGCAAGCUAUAGAGUAAUGAGCAUUUACAUUCAAGAAGUUACCUCUACCUCCUUCCUGUCAGUGUUGGACAAGGACGUGAGAGACAACAUCCUUGACCGAGCCCAGUGCUUCUCUUACUUUUUGGAACAGGCAAAGGCUUUUGAAUCAGCUAGGAUCCCAAGAGAUGUAUGGCACUUUUUGUUUGGCGCCACCCAGAAGAAAGACGCUUGA